AUGGCUUAUUAUGAUGAGCACGGAGGUGAUGGCCAAUUUGGAAAGUUUAACAAGAAUUUCGAAGGUCCAGUCGGACCGCGACGGCCGCGACUCGUCACGGAUUAUGGCUCGUCGAUGGUACAAUGGAUGCGCACUCGCCAGCCGCGCUACAAGGGAGGACAUCGAUUAGAGACGGAGCGACCGAGCCCAAGCUUUGCAGUUGAUGUUCUCCCCCCGAUGGCGCGACCCUACUCUGCUGUCGAUACGAUCCCUGUGCGACACUUGCACCAGUCUAUCGGAAAAUCUAAGAAGCCCAUUGUGGUCGUGCGAUGGACCCCGGAGGGAAGGCGACUGUUGACCGGUGGCCAUACCGGAGAGUUUAUGUUAUGGAACGGAACGGCGUUCAACUUCGAGACGGUCAUGGACGCUCACUACGAUCAAAUACAAGCUGGCGUGACAUCGCUUGCAUGGGCUCAUAGUCAAGACUGGUUGAUUUCCGGUGGCCAACGAGGUGAUAUCAAGUACUGGAGACCAAACUUCAACAACGUUGAAACGAUUGAUGAUGCGCAUCACGAUGCUGUCCGCGAUCUGGCGUGGGCACCCAGCGAUACCAAGUUCCUUUCAGCGUCCGACGACACAACCCUCAAGAUCUUCGACUUUACGACUCGCACAGCUGACACGACUCUUACCGGUCAUAACUGGGAUGUCAAAUCCUGUGAUUGGCACCCUACGAAAGGUCUACUUGUUUCUGGCUCUAAGGAUCACCAGGUCAAGUUCUGGGAUCCGCGUACCGCCCGCUGUUUGACGACACUUCACAGCCACAAGAAUACCGUUACAUCUACACGAUUUUCGCGGGUCAACAGUAACUUACUUGCCACCUCCUCUCGUGAUCAAACGGCACGGGUAUUCGAUCUGCGGAUGAUGCGCGAUAUUUGCAUUCUACGGGGCCACGAGAAGCCGGUUUCUUCCUUGACAUGGCACCCCAUUCAUAGCAAUCUCAUCUCGACUGGUGCUGAGGAUGGAUCACUUUACCAUUAUCUCCUUGAUGAGCCCAACCUGCCCAGUGGUGUCAUCCCCACUGUGGCCCCUUACGAUAGCCCAGACCCGGCGAACACACCUGCUCAAGUGAUCUACCCAGCUCACAAGAUUCAAUACGCCCAUGGGGCUACGAUUUGGUCAUUAGACUGGCACCCUCUAGGCCAUAUUCUGGCCUCGGGAUCUAAAGAUAACUUUACUCGAUUCUGGUCCCGGACUCGACCUGGUGAGACUAGUUACAUGAAAGACCGAUUCCACAUCGGUGAAGAAGCCGCCGAAGCCCAAGGCACAUGGAACCGUGGCUUCGGUCGUAAACAGAUGCGCGAAGAAGAGGAACAAGAGAUGCAAGACGAAGCUGAUAGUCUUGUUGACCAGCGACGACCUGGCGGCCCCCCUGUUCUGCCCGGCAUUCAAAGUGCACCUAGCGGUCCGCCAGAUGUUCCAGGUCUGCUGCCUGGUAUCGGCGGAGCUCAGCCUCCUCCACCCGGAGCGGCUGGUGCUAUGGGUGGGAUGGAUCCCGGUCGGUUGGCCGCACUCAUGUCCACUCAACAGGCGCAUUCGCAGUCCAACACCCCUAACCCGCCAAUGCCCUUCCCCCCUCCUCCAGGUAUGCCACCGGGUAUGCCUCAAGGAAUGCCACAGAUGGACUUGGUACAGUUGCAAAAGCAGCUCCAGGGUUUCCCUAUGCCGCCCAAUCUCAAUCUCCAGGCCAUGGCUCAGAAUCCCGGUUUCCCUGGCUUUGGAGGUUUGCCUGGGUUGCAGGGCGGCGGCAUGCCUGAUGGAAAUUGGAGAUAG